UGGCGUAUUUGAGUUGAAAGUUGCAUUUUACAAUUCCAGUGCAAUCUUCGAAUCAGUAAGUCUUCCGGUGUUACUAUCGUAUCGUCUAUGGUUGUGGACCAAAUGCCAGAGGAAUUCUCUUAAACAUCUUAUGGAUGUAUAGCAACAUUUAUUAUGGCUGUUGCAAUGAGUUCGACCUGUCCGGGUCUUUACUGCGGGAAAAUUCUUCUUAAUGGGUCAAUUGAGGGAGAAUGUGGUGUAUGUCCAAGAGGGGAGAGGACAAAUAUGCAGAAGAUAUGUGAGAAAUGCACCGAGACUCCAGAUCUGUAUGACUGGCUCUAUUUGGGCUUCAUGGCGAUGCUUCCUCUUGUCCUACACUGGUUCUUCAUAGAGUGGUACUCUGGAAAGAAAAGUUCCAGUGCGCUUUUCCAGCAUAUCACAGCCUUGUUUGAGUGCAGUGUGGCUGCAGUGGUGACCCUGCUCGUGAAUGACCCUGUGGGUCAACUGUCCAUCCGCUCCUGCCGGGUCCAGAUGCUCUCUGAUUGGUAUACCAUGCUUUACAACCCAAGUCCAGACUAUGUGACUACAUUACACUGCACCCAGGAGGCUGUUUUCCCACUAUACACAAUAGUGCUGAUCUACUACGCUUUCUGCUUGGUGUUGAUGAUGAUGCUGAGGCCACUCCUGGUGAAGAAGAUUGCCUGUGGGCUGGGCAAGUCGGACCGCUUCAAAAGCAUCUAUGCUGCUCUCUACUUUUUCCCCAUCCUCACAGUGCUGCAGGCUGUGGGGGGAGGCCUGCUUUAUUAUGCCUUUCCAUACAUUAUUCUUGUGUUGUCUCUGGUUACAUUGGCAGUAUACAUGUCCGCUUCAGAAAUACAGUCAUUCAAAAACCUUGUUGCUAAGAAGAAAAGGCUGGUGGUGCUGUUCAGUCAUUGGCUGCUUCACGCUUAUGGCAUUAUCUCCAUCUCCCGAUUGGAUAAACUGGAGCAAGAUCUGCCCUUAUUGGCCCUUGUACCUGGUCCAGCUCUCUUUUACUUGCUCACUGCCAGGUUCACUGAGCCCAAUCGGAUAAUAUCAGAAGGAGGCAAUGGACACUGAUCAUCAGUGUAGUGGUUUCGGUGUCCACUGACAGUCCGAGUUUGUCUGGAAAUAAUGGCUUGAAAUGGAAUCGGUGGGCCUUGCGGCACUGGUAAUCCAGGAGGACUUGCCCACUUCUCUCAGAGGGCUGUACUACACAGAUGGCUGUUCUUACAGUAUGUCGCUCUUGUCAACAUGUUCAUGGGUGAAAGAAAUGCACACUGUUGUUGAAUGCUAUAGGUAGAAUUGUAUGUAAAGGGUAUUCUUGUUUUGCAUUUUAAAAUUAAAGAGAAUCUCCUCCCAGAGAAAAAUGACAUAUUUAUAAAGUAAUGUGUUUGAAUUGUUCACUAUCAUGUGAAUAACUGUAAAUAAUAUCUUAUUUAUAUUCCAAGUAUUGUAUGUUGUUGAAUGGUAUUUAAGUAUAUUUUGUUGCUGGAUCUCAAAAAUGUUGUUCACAAAAAGCUGACAUUUUUUUGCUGACGGAUUAUCCCUCAAAACAGCUGUAUUGUAACUGUUCACUGUUGUGUCAAUGAUUAUACACAUUUUUGUAGUCACUCAAGUAUCACAAUUUAAGCAAGUAAGACAAGAAGGGUAUGUAAAGAGUGCCAAAUAUACAGUAAUGGCUUGCAGUAUACACACACACACACACGCUUGCACGCAUGUAC